AUGGGCAGAAGCCUUUGCAGGCCUGUUAUGCCUGUUACAUUAAAUAUGAAUAUGGCUAUGCCUUCUUGGUUUGAUAUUAUUGGACUUUCACCAGAUUCUCAUGAGGAUGAAUCUGGAAUUAAACAGGCAGCAGAAAGUGUAAAAUCUUUGAUAGAUCAAGAGGUGAAGAAUGGUAUUCCCUCUAACAGAAUUAUUCUGGGAGGAUUUUCUCAGGGAGGCGCUUUAUCUUUAUACACCGCUCUUACCACACAGCAGAAACUGGCUGGCAUCACUGCGCUCAGUUGCUGGCUUUCACUCCGGGCUUCAUUUCCACAGGGUCCUAUCAAUAGCACUAAUAGAGAUAUUUCUAUUCUCCAGUGCCAUGGAGAUUGUGACCCUUUAGUUCCCCUAAUGUUUGGUUCUCUUACUGUUGAAAAACUAAAAGCAUUGGUAAAUCCAUCCAAUGUAACCUUCAAAGUCUAUGAAGGCAUGGUGCACAGAUCAUGUCAGCAGGAAAUGAUGGAUGUCAAGCAAUUCACUGAUAAAUUCCUACCUCCAAUUGAUUGA